GCACGUAAUCGCGAUAGGUUUCUCGAGAGACAGAAGAACAUUUUCUUCCGACGGAAGAAGAUGUAUCGUCGCUUCCGAUUCGCGCUUCCAGUGAUCCUAUGGUGGCUGGUCGUCGCGAAUACCGAGGGCGACGUCGUCCGCAACGAAGACAUCUGCGGAGCGCAUAACGGACGUCGAUUGUACCUGGAACUCGGGGAAAAGGGUAUCCUGUACGCGAGGAACGUCUCGUUCGCCAAGACAGAAGCGAGGCAGGAUGGCACGCGGAUUUACGCGAACAACAGCUCUCACGCUCAGUGCUCCCUCGAGUUGAUCACGUGUCCGUCCUGCGUGAUCAUCGUCACCUUCCAAAGUAUCACUCUGUCGCAUCACUGCGGCGAUGGCAGCGUCACGAUGGACAGCCCCUGCAGAUGCGACUACGUAUGGAUCUCGGAACCACCGUACGAGGACGUGUCCGGAACACCGUUCUGCGGCCUGUACGCGCCAAUCACAUACAGGUCGAGCACCAGGACCCUCUCGAUCACUCUUCUCUACAGUCAGUCGCGGAAGCAUGCGUUCACGCUCGAAUACACGGCGGAGAGGAACAGGUUGCACCUGAGGGGCACGGAAUCGACAGCGACGGGUCUAACGGCGAAAGGGCUGAACGGAACCGGCGGUGGUAUUUUGACGUCCCCGUUCUUCCCCGCUCGAUAUCCUCGAGACUUGGGCCUCGAGUACGUGGUCGCCUGCCCGAGCGAAGCGCCGUCCUGUCGCAUCAGGCUGCUGUUCAGCGACUUCCAAUUGGCGACGGUGUCGAUAAUGGAGUUCUACGAUUGGAACGGGCAACGGUUGGACGUGAGUAGCGGCGCGAGGUUCCGUCCACCGGUGAUCGUCAGCUCCGGCCCGUCGCUGCUGAUUCGGUUCUACGCGAACGGCGGCACCGGGUUGGGCUACAAGGCAUUUUAUUCGUUCGUGAUCGGCCACGCUUUCGACAAGUCCGUGCAACCGAUCACCGACUGCGGCGGCUACGUGGAGAACCUCGGCGGCGCCAUCACCAUGAUGGACAUGGUCGGCGAGGGUGUGAAGACGUACGACUGCGUCUGGCUGAUCAGACCGCCGAAGAACUUCCUGCACGCGAAGACGCACAUGUACCUGAAAGUCGUCGCGUUCGCGGACAUGGCCGGCAACACGGAGCUGGUGGUGAGGCAAGGUCCAACCUCGGUGCUCCUGCCGCUGGAGAUCCUGAGACACCCGGCGAGUCAGGUGCAGCCACCGAGGUACAGGGAGCACGUAGCACCGGUUACCAGCGGCUUCCACGUCAGCCUCCGAGGAACGUUCGGUGCCUCGUCUCAUUUGGCGAUCGCCUACGCAGCCUUCAGCUACACUGAUUGUUUCGCCGGAUCGGACUUCCUUUGUCGGAACCACAGGUGCAUACCCAACCAGCUGAACUGCGACGGCUUCGACCACUGCGGAGACGACAGCGACGAGCCGGCGACCUGUUUCCGAGACUGGGAAGUGGAACCGCGAGAUCGGAAAUGGAACUCGAACAAGGCGAACUACUACUUCCCCAAGAUCGACCGGUAUCCCGACUUGAAGACGGCCACCCUGGUGUUCGUCGCGAGCAGCCUGGGCCUGAUCGUCCUGAUCUCGGCGUUGAUCGUUCUGCUGUACAAGAUGGGAGCUAGAGCGAGGCAACAGAGGGAGCUGCAGUCGAGGCUGCAAACGAUCAGCGAGCUGUUAGACGGAGCGCGGAUCGACGAGAUCGCGGUGUCCGACGACCCGCCGGUCUACGAGGCUCCGCCCGGAUACGACGAGGUGGUCAAGAUGGGCCUCGAGUCGGAAAUCCUGGCCCGCAAGAAGAGGAGGACCUACGCCAGGGAUCAGUGCAUCUCGAAUUCUCCAGGACGCGGAUGCUCGUUGGAGGGUGGUCACUCGUCGGCGAGCACGAGCCGUGGGAACCGAGCAGCGGUGCCGACAUCGACCAGCAGCGGCGAGGCGGAAGGCGACGCGGACACCGACGCCGACGGGGACGCCGACGUCGACCUCGGUCCGCCCCGGAGGCGCGUGACGUGCCUGCCCGACAGUCCACCGCCGCCGUACGUCACUCCGCCGGGGUCGAUAUCGCGGAAGUUCGCGCUGGCAUACGCGAGUGUCUCGCACUCGAGCGCAGGCCGGGACGAGGACGAAUCUGACGGCCGAGACGAGAGGGAAGCGAACGCGGCUCAAGAAGAAGAAGCGGAAGAGGAAGACGAAGAGCAAGGACCGGGCCGCGAUCGGCCC